GGGUGGAGCGGUAGGGGGAUAUCGCAGCAGAGCAGCACCCAUCCGGUGCCUUGACUCACCCACUCUCCCGUCCCCCAGAGCAACCCCUCGCCCCGAUGAGCAACGCCACCUCCAACGCCACCGCCCUGCCGGGCGCGCUGGGACCCUUGCCCGGUGCCAAGCUGGGCCUGGCCGUGCUCUCCUUGGCCUUCAUCCUGGGCUUCCCCGGCAACGUCUUCGUGGUCUGGAGCGCCCUCUGGCGCGUCCAGAAGCGCACGGUCACCUGCCUCCUCAUCCUCCACCUGGCCGUGGCCGACUGUGCCGUGCUGCUCACCGCCCCCUUCUUCCUCCGGCUCCUGAGCGCCGGGCGGUGGGAGUUUGGCCCCGUGGUCUGCCAGAUCUGCCACUACGUCUGCGGCGUCAGCAUGUACGCCAGCAUCUUCCUCAUCACCCUCAUGAGCCUGGACCGCUGCCUGGCCGUGACCAAGCCCUUCAUCUCCCAGAAGAUCCGCACCGCCAUGGUGGUCAGGUCGUUGGUCUUGGCCAUCUGGGUGGGCUCCUUCUUCCUCGCCUUGCCGGUCAUUUUCUACCGCAAGCUGGUGCUCAGAGGCCGGCACCUCCUCUGCGACCUGUCCCACCCCACCAUGGGCCACCUUAUCUUCCACAACCUCUUCGAGACACUGACCGGCUUCGCCAUCCCCUUCGCCGCCAUCAUCGGCAGCUACUGCGUCAUCGGGCGCCGCCUGCGGGAGACCCGCUUCCGGCGGAAGCGCCGCACCAACCGGCUCAUCGUGCUCAUCGUGGUGGCCUUUGCCGUCUUCUGGCUGCCCUUCCAUGUGGUGAACCUCCUGGAUGUGACUGGGGCUGUGAGCCACUCCCAGGGACUCACCAAGGCGGGGAAGAUGGCCCGGCCCACCCUCACGGCCUUGGCCUUCUUCAGCAGCAGCGUCAACCCCAUCCUCUAUGCCUUCACGGGCGGCGCCCUGAUCAAGACAGCCGGCAUAGGCUUCAUGGCCAAGCUGUUUGAGGGGACGGCAUCGGAGAUGUCCAGCACACGGGUGGGGACAGGGCGGACCAUCCAGUUGCGCGAGGAGGCCAAGUUGGAGGCGAUGCAGGAUGGGAAUCCAGACAGCAUGACCCUCUCCACCAACCCGCUGGAGUAGCCCUAAGCCAUGGGGACAGGCUCUCCAACAAUCCCACCGCAUCCACCAACACCCUGGACUCGACAUGGGGCCAUCCGGGACAGGAGCUCCAGCUAUCCCACUGCAGCCACCAACGCCUUGGGUGAACCCUGUGUCUGUGUUGGACAGGAGCUCCUCUCACCCCCUGAACACCCACCAUCGCUCUGGACUAGCUCAGAGGUCAUGUGGGAUGGGAACGCCAACAAUCCCACCGCAGCCACCAACGUCUUGGGUGAACCCUGUGUCCAUGUUGGACAGGAGCUCCUCUCACCCCCUGAACACCCACCAUCGCUCUGGACUAGCUCAGAGGUCAUGUGGGAUGGGAACGCCAACAAUCCCACCGCAGCCACCAACGUCUUGGGUGAACCCUGUGUCCAUGUUGGACAGGAGCUCCUCUCACCCCCUGAACACCCACCAUCGCUCUGGACUAGCUCAGAGGUCAUGUGGGAUGGGAACGCCAACAAUCCCACCGCAGCCACCAACGUCUUGGGUGAACCCUGUGUCUGUGCUGGACAGGAGCUCCACUCACCCCAGACCAUAGCCCUGGGGUCAUGUGAGGUGGAAACGCCAACAAUCCCACCGCAUCCACCAAGACUUUGAGCUAACCCUGUGACUAUGUGGAACAAGAAGGGGGCAUAUCUUCGUGGGUAGCUUAAAAGGUGAGGGUGAAAAGACCCCAACCAGCUCCUUCAUGGACCGAUGAUGAAGCAAUCAGGAAUUUCCUGGGAGAGUGCUUGUUUGCUUCUUCUUUGGGGAGGGGGGGUGUGAAUUGAUCUGAACAGACUUACACCACCACCCGUUUUUUUCCUUCCUGGGACGAAAUGAGAACCAACCCGGGUUCCCAGGACCUAGCGCCAUCUCGGCCUUGAUACAAGCAGGGACCAGUCCAUCCGCACAAGGAGAACAGACCUGGUGUGAAUACGGAAAAGGGACUUGCCCCAGCGUUGUAGGGACAGGAGGACGCGGGAGAAUGGACCCUGCUUCUAGGAACUUGAAGUCCAAAUGGGCGAAGGCAGGAUUAUUAGCCCUGUUUUGCCAAUGGGGAAAUCAAGGCA